UCUCAGUGCGGAGCCCUUGGCGGUGUGGGGAGCAGCGACCGCGAGGACGAGCUCGGGAGCAUCAGCCGCGGCUGCGGAAGCUGGAGCCAGAGCCGGAACCACACCCACGCCGCUGCCCCUCUCCUCCUCUGCCCUCUCGCUGCCCCGCGGGAGCCCGCGUCCCUGAAGGAGAGCAGCCGCCCCCGCCCGGAGCAUCCUCCCCACCGGAGCCGGCGCCUACAGAUCCGGAGGCAUGAUGCGGCUGCGAGGCUCGGCGAUGCUUCGGGACCUGCUUCUGCGGCCGCCCGCCGCCGCCUGCCUGGCUCUGAGGCGGGCGCAGCCCCUCGCCACUCUGUGCCGGCGCCCCCAAGGCGGGGAACCGGCGGCCGCGCGACUGCACCCGUGGUGGGGUGGGGGCGGCCGGCCGGCGGGCCCACUGGCGCUAGGCAUGUCCAGCUCCCCCUCGGAGAUCCUGCAGGAGCUGGGCAAAGGGGGCGCGCAGCAGCAGCAGCCGCAGCAGCAGCAGCAACCGUCGCCUCAGCAGCAGCAGCCUGGGGCGUCGCCGCCCGCGGCCCCGCCGGCGUCCGGCCCCAAGGACGGCCUGGGGGAGACGGACGCGUUCGGCAACAGCGAGGGCAAGGAGCUGGCGGCCUCAGGCGAAAAUAAAAUAAAACAGGGUUUGUUGCCUAGCUUGGAAGAUUUGCUGUUCUAUACAAUUGCAGAAGGACAAGAGAGAAUACCUGUCCAUAAAUUUAUUACAGCACUCAAAUCUACAGGAUUGCGAACGUCUGAUCCCAGGUUGAAAGAGUGUAUGGAUAUGUUAAGAUUAACUCUUCAAACAACAUCAGAUGGUGUCAUGCUAGACAAAGAUCUUUUUAAAAAAUGUGUUCAAAGCAACAUUGUUUUGUUGACCCAAGCAUUUAGAAGAAAGUUUGUGAUUCCUGACUUUAUGUCUUUCACCUCACACAUUGAUGAGUUAUAUGAAAGUGCUAAAAAGCAGUCUGGAGGAAAGGUUGCAGAUUAUAUUCCUCAACUGGCCAAGUUCAGUCCCGAUUUAUGGGGUGUAUCUGUUUGUACAGUAGAUGGACAGAGGCAUUCCAUUGGAGAUACCAAAGUUCCAUUUUGUCUUCAGUCCUGUGUAAAACCUUUGAAGUAUGCCAUUGCUGUCAAUGAUCUUGGAACAGAGUAUGUGCAUCGCUAUGUUGGGAAGGAGCCAAGUGGAUUAAGAUUCAACAAACUGUUUUUAAAUGAAGACGAUAAGCCACACAACCCUAUGGUAAAUGCUGGAGCAAUUGUUGUGACUUCAUUAAUAAAGCAAGGAGUGAAUAAUGCUGAAAAAUUUGACUACGUAAUGCAAUUUUUGAAUAAGAUGGCCGGUAAUGAGUAUGUUGGAUUCAGUAAUGCAACGUUUCAGUCUGAAAGAGAAAGUGGAGAUCGAAAUUUUGCAAUAGGAUAUUACUUAAAAGAAAAAAAGUGUUUUCCAGAAGGCACAGAUAUGGUUGGCAUAUUAGACUUCUAUUUCCAGCUCUGCUCCAUUGAAGUAACUUGUGAAUCGGCCAGUGUAAUGGCUGCAACACUGGCUAACGGUGGUUUCUGCCCAAUUACUGGUGAAAGGGUGCUGAGCCCUGAAGCAGUUCGAAAUACACUGAGUUUGAUGCAUUCCUGUGGCAUGUAUGAUUUCUCAGGGCAGUUUGCUUUCCAUGUUGGUCUUCCUGCAAAAUCUGGCGUUGCUGGGGGCAUUCUUCUAGUUGUCCCCAAUGUCAUGGGCAUGAUGUGCUGGUCUCCGCCUCUGGACAAGAUGGGCAACAGUGUUAAGGGAAUUCACUUCUGUCAUGAUCUUGUUUCUUUGUGCAAUUUCCAUAAUUAUGAUAAUUUGAGACACUUUGCAAAAAAACUUGAUCCUCGAAGAGAAGGUGGUGAUCAAAGGCAUUCCUUUGGACCAUUGGACUAUGAAAGUCUGCAACAAGAACUUGCUUUAAAAGAGACAGUAUGGAAAAAAGUGUCACCUGAGUCAAAUGAGGACAUCUCUACAACUGUAGUGUAUAGAAUGGAAAGUCUGGGAGAAAAAAGCUAAAGAAGUGGGUUCUAGUUUCAGAAUGUUCUUCAUUUAACCUUUCAGGCAUCUUUAGCUUUUUCUUACAUCAAACAUCUUUAGCUUUUUUGCAUACUAUAAUAUUUAUUUGAGUUUUUUUUUGUGUGUGUGUGUUCUCAACUUUGGGUGCUGGAACCAUUAAGCUUUUUUUUUCUUUUAAUCUCUGUGUUAAUACAAUGAAAGUGGAUUUGUUGGUCUUUUAAAAAAGUAUUUAAAAAUAAAGCAAACUUGCUUUAUUUGGAAAAAUGCUAAAAGGAAAAAUUUCUGAAAUUUUUCUUUGUAUUAAAAUUGUAACUAUAUAGUUAGUUCCAUUCUAGAAUAGUAACAGCUUUGUAAUUCUUGGUUCUAAAAUCCACACAUUUAGCUUCUCUAAGUUUUGUUGCAUUUUAUUUUUUUUUUCCAGUUUUAAGACUGACAUGUCCAUAGUGGCAGUAGAAAGUAUUUCUAUGCUCAAUACAAAACUAAAAUAUUCAAAAUAAUGAAUUGCAGAUUAUUGAAUAUAGCAGAUAAUAAAAUUAGCGCAAGUUUACAUUAAACCAUUUUUAGUGAUAGAUUGGGUUUACAUUUUAAAAGUUCAUUUAAAAUUUUAUCAAACACUUUUAAGUGUGUCUUGCUUUUUUACUUUGCAACUUCUUUGUUCUGUGAGAAUUGUCAUGUACAGGAGUGUUUUAUGUUACUAAACCAUUCUAGCCAAAGAAUUUCAGAUGUAAGAUAAAUGACAUAUUUCACUGUUAAAAAGCUAUAAUGGUUAUUACUCAGAAGCAGUGACAGUGAGUGUCUUCAUGUGAAAUGUUUACCUGAACAAUUAUAUUUUGGUAUUAUCCACGUUACUUUUUUUCUAUGUUAUAUUUAAGUAUGAAUGGUGAAUUUUGGUUUUUUAGCUUUUAAUAAUUUUAUUAUCGUAAUAAUUUCACGAAUGCUAACGAGUCUUUUAUUAUACAUUAUAACAUCUUGUAGAAUUUGUUCUAUUUGAACUCUUCUAGAGUACUUAGGAAAUGAAUGAAUUCAGUCUGAAGGUAGUAUGUUACUAAAAUUUCUGCUAGAUCUGGAUCCUUUGGUUAUAUUGAGAAUCAAAACUUGUUUUUUGGAGAAGGUCUAUGGGUUGUGUACAGCCUGAUUUCAGAUAAUUCACAAUAUUUAGUCUAUCUUGGCAAAGUGAUUGUAAAGUUUUGUAGGACCUAUUCACACUUUUUCCUUCCUCCAUAUACCUGUCCAAUUCUCACAACUCCCUACAGCUUCAAGCUUGGUAGUUUCUUGGCAUUUUACUCAUUUUUGAACUUACAAGCUUUGGAGAGGCAGAAAUGAGAUCUAGAAGGAGAAUUUGAUAGUUUCAUGACACCUAUGUGAUAGGCUCACGUCUGUAAAAGUAACUGUAGAGCGGCAAGAAGGAUUGCAUUGGGUAAUUGCAAUACUAGUGCUAACACAGGUAAUUCUGAUCCUAUGAGUUUGGGAACUUUGAUACUAAGAAAACAAGUUUCCUCCCGGUAUUGGUCAGAAGCCUUUGGGUGAGCUUAAACACUAAAAUCGCAUUUUUAAAUAACUUAUGUUUUAGAAAAUUUUAUGUUAUAUGAACAUUCCUCUAACACCCAGAUGCAUAUCCUAACUGGAUGCUUCUAGUUUUGCCACGUUGGGGGGGUGGAGGAGUUUGAAGCUCCACCCUUGGCAUUCACUUGGGACAGUGUUAUUUGUGUUGAUUCCAUGAGACCACUUAUGAUUUGAGGAACGAGAUCCCUUGAUAACUUGCAUAAAGAUUUAUUUUUUUCCUCCCAUACUUUAAAUUGUUUCAUCUUUAUUUGAAAGUAAGCUCUACUUUAUAAGAUGAAAUUUUAAAAUUUGUGUCAAUAUUCGUAUAUUAAUUUCUGGUGACUAUUAACUAUGUUGGUAAGGCUUAAGUGCACAUUUACCAACUGUAUUUAGGGUUUUCUAGUCUUGUCUGUUUAAAGAAUCUUGCUGAGAAUGAGCAGACAGAAAUUAUUGUAAAAAGGUAAAAAAUGGAAGAAGAGGAAAAAUAUUGUGAAUAGGCCCCCAAACUUUACUUAAAAAAACAAA